AUGAGCGGAGUCAAGGGUGAAGCGAUGGACCGUGGGUCCGAGGCAAUGAAGUCUCAUUUGGCGGGUGCUUCCGUGAUGGAGAUGCGCCAAACCAAGCGAGGGUGGUGUCAAGAACUCAUUGGCUGUGAUGCCAAGACGGAAUUCAAAUACUUUAUUGGAGACCAACAAGUGGCUCACAGUUUGGAAGACACGGAUUGUUGCUGCCGCGUUUUCUGCACUGCCAUUCAUCCCUUCAAAAUGGAUGUCAAGGAGCUCAACACGGAAGCCUCUUUGCUGGAGUUGGAUCGCCCAUGCCGUUGCGCCGCGAGUGGAUGCAAGUGCUGCUGCUACCAGGAAGCUACCAUUACCAGUGGCGGACAGGAAUUGGGAUCCAUGAAGGAAACUUGCUGGUACUGUGUGCCAGAAUUUCAGGUCUUUGACCACACCGGCAAAGGUAUUUACAGACUCCAUCAACCCACAUGCUGUGGUGGAUGCUGUGUCAAUUGCUGUGCCGAGGGAAAUCCUUGUUGUGGAAAGGGUUGCUGCAAGGUGCCAUACCAUCUUUUCCCUUUCGACCAGGCAAAUACCAAUGAUGCCGAACACAUUGGAAAAAUUCUCAAGAAACCAAAGAGCAUGAUGACGGAAAUCUUUACAGAAGCAGAAGUUUUUGAAUGUACAUUCCCCAAUGAUGCCACUCCCCAGCAGAAGGCCCUCAUUGUUGGUUCUGCCCUCAUGAUCAACGCCAUGUUCUUUGAAGGAGAGGACGACAAUGAUGGCGGCAGUUAA